AGAGACGACUCGAGCGCCCACUGCGGUCGUUGUUUACUUACCACCACUAUAGGUUCACAGAAUUUCUCCUUCCCAACUAGUAAUCAUUAUUUAAAGGGUGAAAUCACCUUAAGCUUGCUUUAUCUGGUUACUAUCAUGCACGCGAGCACCUCCAAUAUCCGCGUGGUUGUGCGACUCCCUUACAACCGACCAGAGGAGCCCGUCCCAGAUCCUCCUCGGGUAGAAUGGAAUCCAGAGAAGGAACAAAUUCUCUGGGAAGUCAUCGCGAAGUCUAGAGCGGUAGAAGGUGCUGGGACCGAUUGGAAGGGUCUUGCAGCCCAUCUGAAGGUGCCUCUACCCUACUUACUAUUCCGCGCUCAAACAAGAUAUGAAGAGGACCUACGUGGAUUGCAAGGCAUUCGCGGCUCUUUGUCGCCUAACGUCACUUCUCCCUACACUCAGUUCGCCAACACGACUACGCUUCCCAGUAAGCAACCGGCUGGUGUGGCGAAUGGUGGCGAAUAUUUCCCGAGGAUUCUAACUGUUGAGAGGCCUGGCGUACCUCGCAGAGACUCUUUACGUACAGAGGGGCUCGGCAAUGGUGACCUACGAUCCUCAAUAGUCAGUCCUGGGGGACGUCCUAUGGGCGUACGUGCGAGACUCAGUUCCUUAGGAAGUGUGCAGGCACAAGCACGAUCGAGACGAUUAAGUUCCAUGUCAAGUCCAACUGCCAAGAAGGUAUUAUCAUCUUCAACUCUAACAUUGCAAGGUCCAAAGAAACCUCGAGAGCCUUUGCGUCGCCUGUCGCCUGCCUCAUCUCAUGCAUCGCCUGAGGAUUCUACAACGCCUGACGCUGAUUCGGAGGAUGAAGACGAGUUAAACGAUGAGGAGCGGAGAGCAGAGGAACAGGAGACUCUUCAGCUGAAAUUACAGACCCUGCAGAAGAUGAUGACCAUUGAAGCUCUUGGUCUUGUGUCCUCUCCGACACGCGCAUCUGCCUCUCAUUAUUCAGAUAAGGGUAAAGGACGAGAACAACAUCGCAACCGAAACCGCCCACUGUCUUCCUCAUCAGCAUCCUCCAGUCGUCAUGCUCAACUUCAGCUCAACAUGACUCGUAGGUAUAGCGCGAGCCAGACACCGAGUCAUCAUAGCUUGUCAAGUGUAGAUGCGAAUUCGCCGCAGGGGUCAAUCCCUUCAAUCCCUUCACCUCCUCCCGAACCUACAAGCAGGCCCAGUACCCGACAAGUACCGCUUUCGCGACAUCUUAGUCAACCAAGCAAAUCGACCAGUCCUCCUGCCGUUUCUCCUAAGAGUGCCUGGGGACACACUGCUGCAGCGCAGACAAAUCAAGGUGCGCAUGCGGUCGGCAGGACAAAGGUCGGUGGUGGGCGUGUGAGCGAACGAGGAAGCGAGAUGGGCAGUGAGGCAUCGAGUUUCAGUGAUUUGAGUGAUGCGAGUCUAUCAGCCUCUGCGUUGGAAAGUGCACUUAUGUCGAAUAUUCGCGGUGGUGGAUCUCGGAUUUCUUCUUUUGCUCGAAGUCAGUUAUCUCGAGGUGUCCGUUAGCAUACAGCAGUGUUAGAGCUCUACGUAAAUACUCGUGACUAUAAUUCUAGUACGCGUAUGCAUGUCUCACGCGCACGCGUCUCCUUUUCUCGACACGCUACAUUUCUGUUUCCUGCUUGUUCUAGUACUUUCCAUGUAUUGCCACCCUCAGAAUGCAGCUGCUGAAUACGUCUGCCUUC